AUGAUUGACCCAAUUGAUAAAAUUAUUGAAGAAACAUUUGUUUAUAAAAUUGACAUGCUUCAUAAUCUUUCUUUAUCAUCGAAUGCUUCAAUGAUUCGUUACGCUUUAGCAUAUAAAGACUUUAAUCCUAAUGAAAAAUAUCCUGAGGAAGAGAUAGAAUCAAGUUUUGAAUUAACGAAAAAGUAUUGGAAAUAUAAAAUUGAAUCAUAUAAGAAACAAGAUGAAAAAGCAGAAAGGGAUACUAAAAAUAAUGUUUCAAUGGAUGAUUUUCAAUACUAUCACGAUUUAAUCCUUUCAUCUAAAUGCAAAAUGUGUGGUAAAGCGUUUACAUAUGCAAAUAAACCAACAUUGGAUAGAAUCGAUAAUGAAAAACCACAUACUAAAGAAAAUUGUCAGUUAAUGUGUUGUUAUUGCAAUGUCGUAAAAUCAAAUAAAGAUGAAGAUGUUCAACGUUUAAGAAUCAAUUUAAGAAAUUAUGCAUUAAAAAAUAAUUUACCAAUGACUUUAGAUUCAGUUGAAGCUUAUCACAUUCUCCGUAAUGGAAUUACUGGUGGUUUAUCAAAUGUUCAACAUAGAGUAAAUCUUAAAGGAAUCACGCACAUUAAUA